AUGUUUGCUUUUUCAUUUGUAAUGAGAAAACCAUCCACUAUUACUACUACUACUACUACUACUACUACUACUACUACUACUACUACUACUACUACUACUACUACUACUACUACUACUACUACUACUACUACUACUACUACUACUACUACUACUACUACUACUACUACUACUACUACUACUACUACUACUACUACUACUACUACUACUACUACUACUACUACUACUACUACUACUACUACUACUACUACUACUACUACUACUACUACUACUACUACUACUACUACUACUACGACUACUACUACUACUACUACUACUACUACUACUACUACUACUACUACUACUACUACUACUACGACUACUACUACUACUACUACUACUACUACUACUACUACUACUACUACUACUACUACUACUACUACUACUACUACUACGACUACUACUACUACUACUACUACUACUACUACUACUACUACUACUACUACUACUACUACUACUACUACUACUACUACUACUACUACUACUACUACUACUACUACUACUACUACUACUACUACUACUACUACUACUACUACUACUACUACUACUACUACUACUACUACUACUACUACUACUACUACUACUACUACUACUACUACUACUACUACUACUACUACUACUACUACUACUACUACUACUACUACUACUACUACUACUACUACUACUACUACUACUACUACUACUACUACUACUACUACUACUACUACUACUACUACUACUACUACUACUACUACUACUACUACUACUACUACUACUACUACUACUACUACUACUACUACUACUACUACUACUACUACUACUACUACUACUACUACUACUACUACUACUACUACUACUACUACUACUACUACUACUACUACUACUACUACUACUACUACUACUACUACUACUACUACUACUACUACUACUACUACUACUACUACUACUACUACUACUACUACUACUACUACUACUACUACUACUACUACUACUACUACUACUACUACUACUACUACUACUACUACUACUACUACUACUACUACUACUACUACUACUACUACUACUACUACUACUACUACUACUACUACUACUACUACUACUACUACUACUACUACUACUACUACUACUACUACUACUACUACUACUACUACUACUACUACUACUACUACUACUACUACUACUACUACUACUACUACUACUACUACUACUACUACUACUACUACUACUACUACUACUACUACUACUACUACUACUACUACUACUACUACUACUACUACUACUACUACUACUACUACUACUACUACUACUACUACUACUACUACUACUACUACUACUACUACUACUACUACUACUACUACUAUUGUUAUUACUAUUAUGACCAACAGUAAUAAUACCAAAAAAUAA